AUGAAACAGCCUGGCAUUGGCGGAAGUCAGCUCAAGGGCCUGCAAUGGAUGGUCAAGCUCAAUGGUAUCCUUGCAGAAGAGAUGGGUCUCGAUAAAACCAUCCAGACCAUCUCGCUAGUUACCUUCCUCAUCGAGGUGAAGAGACAACGGGGCCCUUAUCUUGUCAUCGUGCCUCUGACGACAAUGACGAACUGGUCUGCUGUAUUCGCAAAGUGGGCGCCGACGAUGAAAACGAUUUCGUACAAGGGCAACCCUGCGCAACGUCGCAACCUUCAAGGUGACCUGCGGAUGGGCCAGUGCCAGGUUCUGCUCACUACACACGAGUACAUCAUCAAAAACCGGCCUAUUCUCAGCAAGCUCAAAAGCAAGAGGGACAUGACUGACUCGCCAUCACAUGAAGAACACCCAGUCAAAGUUUGCGCAGACGCUCACACGAUACUACCAUUCCUACUACUGUCUCAUCCUCACCGGUACCCCUUCAGAACAACAUUCCCGAACUUUAGCCCGUUCUUAACUUUGUCCUUCCUGGAAUUUUCAACUCUAAAAUCAUUCGAUAAAUGGUUCAACACAUCAUUCGCGAACUCGGGUACAGGGAACAAGAUCGAGUUGAACGAAGAAGAGGUACUGCUCACCAUCCGGCAGUUGCAUAAGGUGUUACGGCCGUUAUUGUUGAGAAGGCUGAAGAAAGACGUGGAGAGCAAACUUCCGAAUAAGAUGGAAAUUAUUGAAGUCCGCACGAGCGCCCUGCUGAGUCAGCUGUGUAGGCAGAUGAAGAGGCACGAGAUGAUCGCCAAUGGAAAGAAUGCGAAGGGGUACAUUGUUUUUGCUUUCGGCGGAGUGGGCGGGACAUAGUGCUGGUUUUUUGUUUUCUAGCAAAUCUGGAGGUGUGAAGGGUUUGGGCAAUGAGUUUAUGCAGUUGCGCAAGAUCUGUUAAUGUUCGAGAGCGCCGAGGGCAAGGAUUAUCCCGAUCAUUAUCAGUUGAUCGCACAUCCGAUUGCCUUGUCCACACUUCGAAAGUGGGGUAGCACUGGAUAUUACAAAAGCAUCACGCACUACAAAGAGGACUGGAAGCUCAUGUUCAACAACGCACGGAUGUAUGAC